AUGCAGCCUAAAGCGAAAGGCUUGCUGACGUGUCCUCUUUCUCAGAUAUUUUGUCGAAAAUUGGUGUCCGUUGAUCAGGAUAUUAAGAUAAGGUACGUGAGGAGGAGAACGUCGUUUCACGAGUAA